AUGUCUAAGGUUCUAAUCGCAGAAGGCCUCGGCUACAACUUACUGAGCGUCAGUCAGUUGAUGGCGAAGGGCAUUCACCUCGAGGCAGACAGCACCACCCAGGAAUUCAAGCUGUACCACGGGAAGGGCGGCCUCUACAUCGGAAAGGCGAUCCUCAAAAACAACGUCUUCGUUCUUGGCUUUGUCCCAGAUCUCGGCACAGCAGACAGCGACGGCAUCGUCACUUUCACCUCCUGGACCCACCCUCCAGACCUUGAUCCAGACUUCAGUCCAGAAGGCUUCUGGUAUUCACACACCAUCCCUGAGGCAGAAAGAACAAGGGCGUUAGCAACAAUUCAGACAACAUCGACAGCAGCAGAAACAACAUCGGCAGCAGCAGAGACAACACCGGCAGCAGCAGAGACAACAUCGGCAGUAGCAGAACUAUCAACGGUAGCAGCAGGAACGUCAACACCAAUCGCUGGUCCUUCAACGGCACCGCUCCUCGUCAACGACACACCACCGACACCCGCGCAACAACUACACCCAGCACCACGAGAAGUUCAUCCUUACGCGCCACUCGAGAAGGUGUACAGCGACAUCCUGUACAAUCGCGAGCCAGGGCAGAACGCGUACAACUACACCAUCACGUUCAUCGACGCCGCGACACGUUACGUUUGGCACCUGAAUCUUCCAAGCAAGGAUAUGGCGUUCGAAGCGUUCGUCGCCUGGCUCCCCGUAGCAGAAAGGGAAUCGGGCGUCAAACUAAAGAGCUUCCAGUCAGACGGGGGAGGAGAAUACACCUCACAAAGGUUCAAGCAGUAUCUGGCAGAGAGAGGAAUCAAGCGACUCAUUUCCCUUCCCUACGCCCAUCAACAGCAGGGUGUAGCAGAGAGGAUGAGCAGGACCCUCCAGAACACCAUGCGAAAACUGUUACGUGGCAUGCGGCUACCCACCCACCAGUGGCCAGAAGCAAUGGACCAUGCCGUGAUGCUGCACAACCUGCUUUCUUCGUCGUCACUUCCGAACAACACAUCACCGCAUCUGCUGUGGACAGGAAAAUUGGGCAGCACAAAAAUGUUACGAGUCUUCGGCUGCAUGGUACAGUACCGACCUCCAUCUGCACGAGCAGGACGAUUCUCCCAACGGGCACAGUGGGGACUACACCUGGGCAUCGAAAAACACUACAACGCAUGGAAGAUUUUCGACGUCGAGACAAAAGAAACAGUGGCAGCACGUGAUGUCAUUUUCUACGAGCGACUCACACUGCAGACGUACCUUGCCAACCUGGACGAAAACCGAGACCCCACAGGUGGCUUCCGUGGAGACCGAGCCUUCGCUUCGGCAGAAGACGAAGCUGACUGGGACGAGCAGAACGUGGAAGGAGCCUCGGAAGAAGCCGGACCCCUCCCCUACUGCUCCGUCAACGUGCCAAUGGACGACGAAAACCCACGCGAGAGCAUCAAUGACGAAACCUACUACCAUUUCGCUGACAACGGUUACGUUACACCUGCACAAGUAAACACCAACGAAGCAGAACGCAUAGGACCCAACUUCGCACCUGAUCCGGAAGCGGGAGACGAAGCUGCUUAUCCCGCGGACAUGUCACUUCCCCGCUACACACCGAGUGGACUCCAGAUACUCGGGCUCGUCACCGCAGUCCACGGCACGGACAUUCCUAAGGAGCCUGCCACAGUUCAGCAGGCUCUGGGGGGGGAGCAUAGGGAAAAAUGGCGCGAAGCCAUGGACAAAGAACUGAAGGCAUUAGAGGAGCGCAACACGUGGAAAAUUGUCCCCAUCGGCGUAGCACGGAACAAGACCAUUCUCACCGGGAAAUGGGUCUUCCGCGUGAAGACGAAGGCCGACGGCACCAUUGACAAAUUCAAGGCACGAUGGGUCGUGCGUGGCUUCGACCAAGAACACGGGCGAGACUUCACCGAAACCUUCGCUCCGGUCAGCCGACACACUUCGCUCCGAAUUCUUCUCGCGAUUGCCGCCAUGAAGAAAAAGAAGCUACGGCAAAUCGAUGUCGCGAACGCAUUUCUCUACGCACCCGUUGACGCAGAAAUUUUCGUGGAACUACCGCACGGUACCAACGGGGAGCCGAACCAAGUCUGUCAGCUGCUGAAGUCGCUCUACGGGAUCAAGCAAGCUCCGCGGCUAUGGCAGCAGUACCUGCACGCCCGUCUCAUUCGCAUCGGCUUCAAGCAAUUACCUCACGAUCAGGGGAUGCACCGACUCACGAAAGGCGCAGAUUACAUCCUACUAAUCGUCUACGUAGACGAUCUCCUCUACAUCGGCUCAACCGACAGCGUCACCACCUGGUUCGAAGGGGAGCUACAGCAGGAUCUCACACUGACAGUCUCAUCUACCGUUACACAGUACCUCGGGCUCAACAUCCGCGAAGAGGAAGACGCCAUCUACCUCAGCGCCGCGAAAUACGCCGACACCAUCGCCAAGCGUUUCGCACUUACACCAACUAUCAUCUCUACACCGUACCGCUACACGUCAGGAAACAACAAGGAAGGCUCCGCUCUACUCAAGCCCGCCGGCAUACGCGACUACCAGAGAAAGCUGGGCUGCCUUCUCUUUGCAGCCGUCACCUGCCGCCCAGACCUAUCGUACUCUGCAAGCCAACUCGCCACCUAUCUCAAGAGGCCCGAAACGGAACACCUAGCAGAACUCGACCGCGCCCUUCAUUACCUUAUUAGCACCCCGACGAUCGGUCUAACUUACUACAAGAACGCAACUACGCCGCCUAAGUUAAUCGGCUACGUCGACGCCGAUCACGCUGGCGAUUCCGACAACAGGCGUUCUCGCACUGGCUACAUCUACCGCCUCGAACCUAUCGGACCUAUCUCUUGGCAGUCGAGCAAGCAGGAAUUAAUAGCUCUCUCGUCAGCCGAAGCAGAAUAUAUUGCACUCUGUUCAGCCACCAAGGAAGGACUUUACCUUCGCGAACUGCUGGAAGAAGCGAAGCUGGCUCAGUUACCCAGCUUCACUCUGUUCUGCGACAACCAGUCGGCAAUUCGCAUCGCCAACAAGAACGGCUUCGCAAACAGGACGAAACACAUCGCCCUGCGAUAUUUCUUCGUGAAGGACGAGAUCGAGAAAGGAAGGCUCGAACUGUCAUACUGUCCCACGUCCGAGAUGGCAGCUGACUACCUGACCAAGAAGCUCGGAAAGCAGAAGUUCGAAUACUGCAUGUUGCUGACUGGACAGAGCCACGUCAGCGACACUCCAGAAGCGAAGGGGAGUGUUGGAAACAAUCGGUCUUAA